UCGAUCACUUCUCUCUCUCUGUGACUGUCAUAUUUAGAUAGGUAUUUCAGAGAUACUUUAUGACGGCAACUCUACAGCUUCCACCAACAGAUCACUCCUAUUUUCACGAUCCGCUGGACGAUAUUUGGGAAUUCAGGCACCCGUAAUACCCGCUUUAUCGCAGUUUUUCCGAGCAACUUUUCGGACCAUACCGUCUUUUGUUUGUACGUAACACGUGUUCGGUGUGUGCGCGAUCACUCUCCUCCACUGUGCAUCAAAACGUGCACAUGUUAGUUACAUCGCGGAGUGAAGAAAUCUGUUAUCAGAAUGUCCGCUUCUCUUUUUCUCGAGGAUGGUUCAAAGUACGAAGGGAAAUUGUUCGGCGCAGGUGUAAGCGUUUCGGGUGAAGUUGUUUUCCAAACUGGUAUGGUUGGGUAUCCUGAAUCCCUGACUGAUCCUUCAUACAAAUCCCAGAUCCUGGUGUUGACAUACCCGUUGAUUGGAAAUUACGGAAUUCCAAGUAACGAGGUUGAUGAGUACGGGCUUUCACAGUGGUUUGAGUCAAGCAAAAUCCAUGUCUCUGCUCUAGUGAUUGGAGACCUAUCUGAGGAGUAUAGUCACUGGGCUGCCAAAAAGUCGCUUUCUGAUUGGCUGAAAGAAUACAACAUACCUGCCAUAUAUGGAAUUGAUACCCGUGAUUUGACUAAAAAGAUUAGAGAGCAUGGCACUUUACUCGGAAAGGUUGUUAUUGAUGGAACAAAUCCUGAAAGUAUAUCUUUCGAUGAUCCAAAUAAACGUCACUUAGUUUCUGAAGUCUCGUCUAACAAACCUGUAACGUACAACAAAUCUGGCUCGAUCAAAAUAGUCGCUGUUGAUUGCGGCAUAAAGAAUAAUCAAAUACGUUGCCUUGCCAAGCGAGGUGCUUGUGUCACGGUGGUACCGCUCGAUUACAAGCUGAACAGCAAAGAAUUUGAUGGUUUAUUUUUGAGUAAUGGCCCUGGUGAUCCGGAGUCGUGCUCCGUAACUAUUGAGAAUCUCCGGAACAUUUUGAAUGAAAAAAAUCCAAAACCUGUCUUUGGUAUCUGUCUUGGACAUCAGUUAACAGCAUUGGCAAUUGAUGCUAAAACCUACAAACUGAAGUAUGGUAACCGUGGACACAAUCAACCGUGCAUUCACAACGGCACUGAUCGCUGUUAUAUUACUACGCAGAAUCAUGGCUUUGCUGUGGACGCUAAAACUCUGCCUUCUGAUUGGUCUGUCCUCUUCACCAAUGCCAACGACUUGUCCAAUGAGGGGAUAAUCCAUAACAGUAAGCCUUUCUUCAGUGUUCAGUUUCAUCCAGAAGCAAUGGCUGGUCCCGAAGACCUGGAGUUUCUGUUUGAUAUUUUUAUGGACUCUGUGAGAGCUGCUAAGAGAGGUGAUAUACAAGGGCCAAGUAUAAAAGAACGUCUCCACAGUGCCAUGACAUACAAACCUGACAUCUCGGUCAUCAUGGAUGUUAAGCCAAAGAAAGUGCUUAUCCUUGGAUCAGGAGGCCUGUCUAUUGGCCAGGCUGGGGAGUUUGAUUACUCUGGAUCACAGGCCAUAAAAGCUCUGAAGGAAGAAGGCGUCCAUACUUUAUUGGUCAAUCCAAAUAUUGCCACGAUACAGACAUCCAAAGGUCUGGCAGAUAAAGUUUAUUUUCUUCCGAUAACACCGGAAUAUGUAGCACAGGUUAUACAAAGUGAACGUCCCGAUGGUAUUUUGCUGUCAUUUGGUGGGCAGACUGGGUUGAAUUGUGGUCUCAGCUUAACAAAGCAAGGCGUGUUAGACAAAUUCAAUGUACGCGUCUUAGGAACUCCUGUCUCAGCCAUUGUUGCUACGGAGGACAGAAAAAUAUUUGCUGAUAAAAUGAAAGAAAUUGGGGAACAAGUUGCCCCCAGUGAAGCUGCUUAUACAGUGGAUGAGGCUGUACAGGCAGCAGAACGUCUUGGUUACCCAGUACUCGUGAGAGCAGCGUAUGCGCUGGGUGGAUUGGGAUCAGGAUUUGCUGACAACAGUGAGGAACUAAGAGAGCUGGCAGUCACGGCAUUUUCACAUACUAAUCAAGUAUUGGUGGAUAAAUCAUUGAAAGGUUGGAAGGAGGUCGAGUAUGAGGUUGUGAGAGACGCCUAUGACAAUUGUAUCACAGUUUGUAAUAUGGAGAACAUUGAUCCUUUGGGCAUCCACACUGGCGAAUCUAUCGUAGUGGCUCCGAGCCAGACGCUAACCAAUAUAGAGUAUAAUAAACUACGAACCACGGCAAUAAAAGUGAUCCGCCAUCUUGGAAUUGUUGGCGAAUGCAACAUACAGUAUGCUCUGAAUCCACUUUCUCAGGAGUAUUUCAUCAUUGAGGUGAACGCUCGACUAUCUCGUAGUUCAGCUCUUGCGAGUAAAGCUACCGGAUAUCCACUAGCGUAUGUUGCUGCCAAGUUGUCGUUGGGUAUACACUUACCCGUAUUGAGAAACUCUGUGACAAACUCAACUACGGCGUGUUUUGAACCAAGUUUGGAUUACUGCGUUGUGAAAAUACCAAGAUGGGAUUUGAAGAAAUUUACUAAAGUCAGUAAAAAGAUUGGCAGUUCGAUGAAAAGUGUUGGUGAAGUGAUGGCUGUAGGAAGAAAGUUUGAAGAAGCAUUCCAGAAAGCCUUGCGUAUGGUUGAUGAGUCUAACUUAGGAUUUGAUGCUGAUGUCAGCAAAGUAUCUGAUGAGGUGCUGAAGGCUCCCACUGAUAGAAGAAUCUUUGUCCUGGCCGCAGCCUUGAAAGCCGGUUACAGCAUUGAUAAGUUGUACGACUUGACUUGUAUUGACAAAUGGUUUCUGUAUAAAUUCAAAAACAUCACAGACUGUACAACGAAAUUAAAAGAAUUCAAGUCGCGUGAUUUAGAUUCUGACCUUCUGCGUACUGCCAAACAGUUGGGAUGCUCCGAUAAACAGAUUGCAAAGAUUAUCGAGAGUACUGAGCUGGCUGUGAGAAAAGCUAGGCUGGCUGAAGACAUUGUACCUUUUGUCAAACAAAUUGACACAGUAGCAGCGGAAUGGCCAGCCCAGACGAACUAUCUGUAUACGACGUACAAUGCUAGAACCAAUGACUUGAGUUUCCCCGGUGGAUAUGUGAUGGUACUUGGAUCUGGAGUCUAUCGUAUUGGUAGCAGUGUUGAGUUUGAUUGGUGUGCUGUUAGAUGCAUCACAGAGCUCAGAAAACUUGGUCGGAAAACCAUUAUGGUGAAUUACAAUCCAGAGACGGUCAGCACAGAUUAUGAUAUGUGUGAUAGAUUAUACUUUGAUGAGUUAUCGUUUGAGACUGUAAUGGAUAUUUACGAAUGGGAAAACCCGCAAGGUAUUAUCUUAUCUAUGGGAGGACAGCUACCGAACAAUAUCGCCAUGUCGCUUCACCGACAGAGAUGUCGUAUUCUGGGAACAGAACCGGAGUCUAUUGAUAACGCUGAGAAUAGAUUCAAAUUUUCUCGUAUGUUGGAUACGAUUGGUAUUGAACAACCUUUGUGGAAAGAACUUACUGAUUUGAAAACAGCAAAGCAGUUCUGUGAUACCGUAGGUUAUCCUGCUCUUGUCAGACCAUCCUAUGUUCUUAGCGGUGCCGCAAUGAAUGUAGCGCAUUCUCACACUGACUUGGAAACGUAUUUAGGGGAUGCUGUAGCAGUCUCCAAAGACCAUCCAGUUGUCAUUUCAAAAUUUAUACUUGAAGCGAAGGAAAUUGAUGUUGAUGCUGUUGCUCGUGACGGUGAAGUCCUUGCUGUCGCUAUAUCUGAACAUGUAGAGAAUGCUGGUGUUCAUUCAGGAGACGCCACCCUUGUCACUCCACCUCAAGACUUGAAUCAGGAAACCAUUGACAAGAUAUGGAUUAUAGUCACUGCUAUUGGCAGACAUUUAGAAGUCACUGGACCCUUUAACAUGCAGUUAAUUGCUAAGGAUAACAAAUUAAAAGUUAUUGAGUGUAAUUUACGCGUGUCAAGAUCCUUCCCGUUUGUAUCUAAAACAUUGGAACACGAUUUCAUCUCUAUGGCGACCCAAGCCAUAAUGGGAGAGCACACUGAACCGGUCAAAUGCAUAUUUGGCAAUGGCACCCGAGUGGGUGUUAAGUGCCCAGUGUUUUCAUUUUCUCGUCUCGCUGGAGCUGACUUCAUGUUGGGUGUCGAGAUGUCAAGUACGGGUGAAGUCGCCUGCUUUGGUGAGAAUAGAUACGAGGCGUAUUUGAAAGCACUGAUCAGUACUGGAUUUAUCAUUCCAAAGAAAAAUAUCCUACUCUCCAUCGGUAGCUAUAAAGCUAAGAGUGAAUUACUGCCGUCUGUAAGAACGCUGGAGAAUCUAGGGUAUCGGUUGUAUGCUAGUAUUGGUACAGCUGACUUCUAUUCAGAGCAUGGAAUAAAGAUUGAGUCAAUUGAUUGGCCGUUUGAGGACAAUGGAGACAGUGGACAUUCACAGCGUAGCAUCGCAGACUAUCUGGUUGAGAAACAGUUUGAUUUGGUAAUCAAUCUACCAAUGAGGAAUGGAGGAUCACGCCGAGCAUCUCACUUUAUUACGCAUGGCUACCGUACUCGGCGCAUGGCUGUAGAUAAAGAAAUUCCGCUAAUUACUGAUGUUAAGAAAACAAAGUUGUUUGUAGAGGCAUUACGACGUGUUGGCGGGGCUCCACCAAUGAAAACUCACAUUGACGUUAUUGCGUCAUCACGUGUUGUCAGAUUACCCGGAUUGAUUGACAUUCACGUGCAUCUACGUGAACCGGGAGCUACACACAAGGAGGACUUUGCAUCUGGUACUGCCGCAGCACUGGCUGGUGGCGUUACUUCGGUGUUAGUAAUGCCCAAUACCAACCCACCAGUCACUGAUAAAGCAUCGUUUGCACUGGCACACAAGUUGGCAAGAAUUGGUGCCCGGUGCGAUUAUGGAUUGUAUCUGGGUGCUGGACCUGAUAAUGCCGAAACUUUACCGAAGAUCGCAUCCAAUUCUGCGGGAUUGAAAAUGUACUUGAAUGAGACAUUUACAUCACUCAGACUGGACGAUAUGUCCACAUGGAUGAAGCACUUUGAUAACUGGCCAAGUCACAUGCCUAUUGUGGCCCACGCUGAGGGACGAACUACCGCUGCCAUACUAUUUAUUGCUGAACUCCAUGACAGACCCGUGCAUAUUGCUCACGUAGCCAAAAAAGAAGAGAUUGAGAUUAUUCGUGCUGCAAAGGAUCGUGGAAUGCAAGUAACCUGUGAAGUUGCCCCGCAUCACUUGUUUUUGACCUCUGGAGAUCUGGAUGUCUUAGGUCAUGGCAGAGGUCAGGUUAGACCAAUGCUUGGAACCAAAGCUGACCAAGAUGCAUUGUGGGAGAAUAUGGAUAUUAUUGACUGCUUUGCUACGGACCAUGCUCCACAUACUGAAGAUGAGAAAAACAGUGCAAAGCCUCCCCCUGGAUUCCCAGGAUUAGAGACCAUGUUACCACUGUUACUGACUGCAGUACACGAGGGGAGACUGACAAUUGAUGAUAUUGUUGAUCGUUUGUACAACAAUCCAAGAAAGAUAUUUAAUUUGCCAGAACAGAAGGACACUUAUAUUGAAGUUGAUUUGGACGAGGAAUGGAUCAUACCGCAGCAUACUAAAUUUAGUAAAGCUAAAUGGACGCCAUUUGCUGGUCGUCGUGUUCAUGGUACGGUCAGACGAGUUGUAAUGAGAAAUGAAGUAGCUUACAUAGAUGGACAGAUUUUGGUGCCACCGGGUUUUGGUCAAGAUGUCAGAGCCACCCCAGCUGGGUUACCUGCCCCACUCACUGUUCAAGUCCCACCUACAGGGGGCGGAACUACAUCAGCUCCUUGCUCCCCUAAAAAGAUUACUUCAGUUGAUAGAUUCUCACUACCACCGCGGAUACAUCGUACAAGUCUACCGGCCGGAUCUGGUGACCAGAUGAUUGACUCGCUCUAUUCUGAUACGAUUCCUCAUGCCCCACCUCCCACUCCUACGUUUCCAAUACCAUCACUGUCGUCUCGUCUGCCUUCUUUAACCACUAACAAACCGCUUUUAUCACCCUUGCAUUCCGUUCCAUCAUCCCCCACUGUGUUUCCAUCUGCUAGCAGUACUAAAAUGGGCUUUUUUAACCGUUCAGAGGCACCACUAACACCGAUAGAGCACAAUGUGGUUCCUUUCCGCGGUGCCAGCAUCACACCGCCAAGUCAUCAUGGACAAGCUCCCGGCAUUGUGCUGUUGCCUCAUUACCCAAAUCACGGCCUGGUUGGUAAACAUAUCCUGACUGCGACAAAGCUCACCAAAGACCAGUUGCAUCAUUUGUUCAAUGUGGCCCACCACAUGAGGAUAAUGGUACAGAAAGACAGAUCAUUGGACUAUAUUCUUAAGGGUAAAGUGAUGGCCAGUAUGUUCUAUGAACCCAGUACUAGAACCAGUAGUUCAUUCAUGGCUGCCAUGUAUCGAUUAGGUGGUACAGUGUUGAAUUUUAAUGAAAGCGCAUCAUCCCAUAAAAAAGGAGAAACACUACAAGAUGCUAUACAGACAAUGGCAGGGUACAGUGAUGUAAUUGUCCUACGUCAUUCCCAACCGGGUAGCGUCUGUGAUGCCGCAAGAUACGCUACCAGACCAGUUAUCAAUGCUGGUGACGGCGUAGGAGAACAUCCCACGCAAGCAUUGUUGGACGUUUUCACCAUCAGAGAAGAAAUCGGUACUGUCAAUAAUUUGACUAUCACGAUGGUCGGUGAUCUGAAGCACGGUCGCACUGUACAUUCAUUGGCUCGUCUAUUAACACUGUACAAAAUCCAGCUACGCUACGUGUCCCCUGCCAAUCUGAAAAUGCCCCGACCUGUGUAUGACUAUGUUAGUGAGAAAGGUAUUGCCCAGGAGGAAUAUACAUCGAUAGAAGAAGCGCUGCCAGGCACUGACGUUUUAUAUAUGACGCGUAUACAGAGAGAAAGAUUCAACACAGAGGACGAAUAUAAAAGGGUUGCUGGUCACUUUGUCUUGACUCCGCAUAUCAUGACCCGUGCUAAAGACAGGAUGGUGGUGAUGCAUCCGUUGCCAAGAGUGAAUGAAAUCAGUCCGGCUGUUGACUCUGAUCCUAGAGCGGCUUAUUUCCGUCAAGCAGAAUGCGGAAUGUACGUGAGAAUGGCUCUGCUUGCAAUGGUUAUGGGAAAAUGCUGAAUAUGGAACUUGUUUUUGUACCAAAAAAAAAAAAAAAUGUUAUGAUUUACCUGAAAUGUUGGUCUGCUAGUUAUUAGCGAAGAUUAUCUAGUAGUUUUUACAGGUCUUUGCCCUACUAUAUUGAGACACGAUAUAUAACUUGACGUCUGUGUUUAUAAACAAUCAAAAAAAACGUCGAAAUAUGCCUUAUAAAAUGGAGUUUUUGUUUAGAAUAAAAGCACAGUCAUAGAUACUGUCAUAACCAUCAAUAAUUU